UCGGGGUGUGUGUGUGUGUGUGUGCGCGCGCGCAUCGGUGAGAAGGUGUACUUAAAGAGCGCGAACGCCUAGUGCCGAGCGCGCAAACGAACGGGUCUGUCGGAGCAUCACCGCCUGCAGGAGCGAGCAGGUGCGGCGCAUGCGCAAAGGGAUGAACGUAGAUGGGGACUGCAGCAUGUCAGUCAACUGCGGCAAUGGAAAGCUCCGGCAGUGGCUCAUCGAGCAGAUCGACAGCGGCGAGUACCCGGGCCUGGUGUGGGAGAACGAGGAGAAAACCAUCUUCAGGAUCCCGUGGAAGCACGCGGGGAAGCAGGACUACAACCGAGACGAGGACGCGGCACUGUUCAAGGCCUGGGCUCUGUUUAAGGGGAAGUACAGGGAAGGCGUGGACAAGCCGGAUCCCCCGACGUGGAAGACGAGACUCCGCUGCGCCCUUAACAAGAGCAACGACUUCGAUGAACUGGUGGAGAGAAGCCAGCUGGACAUAUCAGACCCUUAUAAAGUCUACAGGAUCAUCCCUGAGGGAGCCAAGAGAGGCUCCAAGUCCAGCAGCAUGGAGGACAGCUCCGCCCACGUGACGCAGAUCAGUUACCCCAUGCACCCCUCAUAUCCUGCUCUACAGCCUCAGAUGCCUGGUUAUAUGCUGCCUCAGGACAGGAGAGACUGGAGAGAUUUCGGACCUGAGCAGCCGCACCAUCCGCCGCCGCAUCCGGAGAUACCGUACGGUCCGUAUCCAUCCCGGCCUCUGCAGUGGCACACGCAACCCUGCGACAACGGGUAUCAGAUAUCCGGAUCCUUCUACACGUACACCCACUCCGAGUCACAUCCCGUGUCGGUGGACCCGAAUAUGAGAUCCGCUGAGGCCAUGACUCUCUCUGAUUUCCGCCUGCACGUGUCGCUGUACUACCGCGAGACCCUGGUAAAAGAGGUCACCACCACCAGUCCCGAAGGCUGCCGGAUCUCCUCCUCUCCCUCCCCGUCCUCUCCGUCCUCUCCAUCGUCCCCCUGCGUCGAGGACAGGCUCUUCGGCGGGCCCGAACCCGUGCUCUUCCCGUUCCCGUACCCGCAGUCGCAGCGGCGUGGCGCUGAUAAGCUUCCCAACGUGCUGGAGCGUGGCGUGCUGCUCUGGCUCACGCCUGACGGACUCUAUGCCAAGCGUCUGUGCCAAAGCAGGGUGUACUGGGAAGGACCUCUAGCGCCGUACUCGGACAAACCCAACAAGCUGGAGAAGGAGCAGACCUGCAAGCUUCUGGAUACACAGCACUUCCUGUCAGAGCUGCAGGGCUUCAUCCAUAACGGACGUCCUGUGCCCAGGUACCAGGUGGUGCUCUGCUUCGGAGAUGAAUAUCCAGAUCCUCAGAGACAGAGCAAGAUGAUCACAGCUCAGGUGGAGCCCAUGUUCGCCAGACAGCUGGUGUACUACACCGGUCAGACCAGCGGGCAUUACCUACGGGGUUACGAGCUGCCAACUCAGGGAACCCUGCCCGUGGAGGAGUACCAGAGAAGUCUACAGCACAUGCAGGAGUAACCCGUCCUGUCCCGACAUGACCUGCCUGCGACGGACUUGUCUCUCCAAAAAAACAAACCCUCUUCCGGGCCCCAUGAGCAAAAGGAGACGGGACGGAGAGGUAACUGCAUGUCAGCUGCCCAUCUACCUUCAGCAGACUCGUGAAUGGUUAACUCAAAGCUGUGCGCCAAAGAGGCAUGUGCUAUAUGUGUUAUAAAUAUGUAUCCCAAACUGAUAAAUACUGUUUUUAAUGUUAAUGUUAGUAAUGUUUUUUUUUUAGUUUGUUUUAUUUUAAUUUGAAAUUAGUACUAUUUUUUUUUUGGAACUUUGUGUAGAAUAUACUUUUUUAAUUUUCUUUUUAUUUUUCCUCCAUUUGAAAAUCAGCUGUCUGUUCUCUGCGAUAGAAAAAAAUCAAGCUAAAAACGCUUCCUGUUUACAACUCGAUCAGUCGUCUAUUUAUAUUUGUACUGUAAAUUGAGUGUGAUGUGUGUUUUUGUGUGUGCACACAUAUGUGUGUAUGUGUGUGUGUGUGUGUGUGUACGUGUGGUGUGAGUUCUGUAGGCGUCUAAUCUUGAAUGUAAUUCUUUUUUUUUCUCUGUUGAAGUGGCCAAUACUAAGAAAUUGAGCUUUGAGACUUACUGUUAUUCACAAGCCUGAACCUUUAAUCAGAGGCAGUCAUCUUUUUCUGGUGCUCAGUGUGUAAGAGUGUGUGUGUGUGUGUGUGUAUGUGUGUGUGGUAGACUGAGUGCUGAUGGGAAACUGUCACAUGCAGGUUACUGGUCACAGUGUUGUGGUAAAAUGCUGUAGAAAGGUCGAGAGAGGAGAGGAGGGGAAAGACAUGUCUCUAUUUUUCUAAUUUUCUCUUUAAAAAAAAAAAAAAAAAGUUUUGUAAAGCUGUAUUUUUUUAUCUUGUUAUAUGCCUUUUUCUAUAAUCAUGA